GCCCGGCAGCGGCGGCAGCAGCAACCCCGAGCAGCAGCCUCGGCACCGGCAGCAUCGGCGGCGGCAGCGGCAUCGGCAGCAGCGAUCCGAGCAGCAGCAGCCCCGGUCGGCCCCGGUCCCGUUCAGCACCUUUCUCUCCGCCCCCGGGGCUCGGCGAUCCCGCUCCAUCCCGGCCGGAGCCCGGCAGGACCAUCUCCCCCUCCUGCCAGCAUGAGCAAGGGCGGAGGACUCUCGGGAGAAACAGGAAAGCAAAUGACUGAAUCUUUCAAGGCUUCCGACUUGAUUAUCACCCCAGCUACAACGUUCAAGGAGAAGCCAGACCCCACUGGUCUGGUGUUUGGAACUGUGUUCACUGACAAUAUGCUGACAAUUGAAUGGUCCUUGGCUUCAGGAUGGGAGAAACCCUGUAUUAGACCUCUAGAGAACCUCUCAAUUCAUCCAGCUGCCUCAGCUCUGCAUUACGCUGUAGAACUGUUCGAAGGGAUGAAGGCGUACCGAGGAGUGGACGGCAAAAUCCGCCUGUUCCGGCCUGCCCUCAACAUGGACAGGAUGGCACGGUCAGCACUGAGGACAACGCUGCCAACUUUUGACCAGAAGGAGCUGUUGGAGUGCAUCUGUAAGCUUGUGGAGCUGGAGCAGGAGUGGGUGCCCUACUCAACCUCUGCCAGCCUCUACAUCCGUCCUACCCUCAUCGGAACUGAGCCUUCCCUGGGAGUGAAGAAGCCCACUAAAGCCCUGCUGUAUGUCAUUCUGAGCCCUGUGGGCCCUUACUUUGCAAGUGGAAGCUUUAAUCCAAUAUCCCUGUGGGCAGAUCCAAAAUACGUGAGAGCGUGGAAAGGGGGAACAGGAGACUGCAAAGUGGGAGGGAAUUACGGUUCUUCUAUUUAUGCCCAGCAAGAAGCCCUGGAGUUUGGCUGCCAGCAGGUUUUGUGGCUCUAUGGAGAAGAUCACCAAAUAACUGAAGUUGGAACAAUGAAUCUGUUUCUCUACUGGAUAAAUGAAAAUGGAGAAAAUGAGCUGGCAACGCCACCUUUAGAUGGCAUCAUCCUUCCAGGAGUGACAAGGCAGAGCAUUUUGGAUCUGGCACGCAGCUGGGGAGAAUUCAAAGUGUCUGAGCGAUACAUCACCAUGAGUGACCUGACAGCUGCCUUGGAAAAGAACAGAGUGAAGGAGAUGUUUGGUGCUGGAACAGCUUGCAUUGUGUGUCCCAUCUCUAAAAUUUUAUAUCAGGGCAAGCACUUGCACAUCCCAACCAUGGAGAAUGGGCCUGAGGUAACAACCCGUUUCCUGAAUAAGCUAACUGAUAUCCAGUAUGGAAGAGAAGACAGUGACUGGGCAGUGCUGGUGUCAUGAAGGUGGCAGAGCUCAGAGCCUCCAGACAGACCUGACAUCUGAACAGUGACAAAUUCUGUAGCUGCCAGUGUGUAGCAUAGUCCCAGUAUCAAUUUGCUCCCCAGGAUGAUUGUUUCCACAAUCUGGCAAACGUGAACACAAUCAUUUUGAUUUCUACUGUAAUCCUCUUGGUAGAAGCCUGUCUUCUUGGUAGAGGUGCUAAAUGUUAGCAAUAGAACUUUCCCAAUGGUUUUCUUAGUGCCUCCUUAUACACAGUCUGGAAACUUGUAAAAUGCUCUUCAACUGCUCUUCAGUUUGGUUUGUUUACUGCCUCCACCAACAGAGGAUGUUGCCUGUUGGCUGCCCACAGGGUUCUGUUGACAUUAUUCUGCCUUUUGCUCUGGGUUUGGGAACCAAAUUUGGCCAUACACUCCAUCCUUUCAUACUCCGCCUGUGUGUGAGACUCCUGAGUUUGCACAGCCUGAGAGGUGCCCUCCUCCUCUGCCCCCAAAGUUCUGUGAGUCAGUCCAGCCUGCAGGAUGGUCCCUGUUGGCCUCUUGCCCUUCCCCCUGGGGGGAUUUGCAGUGCCUGCUUGGGCAGUGCAUUCCUCUCUGAGAGCCAAGUGCAUCCUCCUAGAUGUGAUUUAAAAGGCUGUGUCAGGCUUUUAAAAAUGAGAUAAAAGUUCCCCUUUGGCCUGGCAGAGCUGGGCUCUGCAGACACAGUGCUGCCUUCCAGGUGAGUGUCCAGAAAAACGAGAUUAGGCAGCUUUGGCUGUGAAAAUGGAACCAUUCUUCACAGCAACCAAACCUGUGGAUUGAGAAGUUUCUUCCAUCAUCCACUCACAUAAUUCAGAUCAGAAAAAUGUUUUCCUUGUCCCUUUCACACACUUGCUGUAUCCAGCCUCCAUGGACAUGGGUCCUGUAGAAGGGCCUUGCUGUUCAGGAGUAAGCAGUGUUGUCAGCAGAACAUGUCUGGAAGGAGAGAGGCUUCAUUCAAACCCUGCUUUCAUUCUGGUUCAGCAGAUAAUUCAUAGACUGCUGCUUUCUCACAGGCAGCCUUGAUCCUUUGGAAGCAAUACAGAGCAUGUAGCCCACAGUUGGGGAAGUAACUUCUGCAAAUGUUCACCAACGACCAUGCUGUAAUAUUUAUUAGCUUUUUCCUUCUGCACACAGCUUUGUUGAACAGCUUUAAGAUACCUCUUGCCAAAAAGGAUAACCAUAUUCUGUAUCGAUGUUCCAAAGUGCUACUUCAGUAUAAAACUGGUGGAAUUUUAUUGACACUUUCCUGGAGUCCUGUAAGAAGUAAAAGUGAAACAUUUCUUGUUCUAGUUUGCAGCAGAGAUGCACCAGUAUUAAGGGAAACAUUUAGCACUUUAAUUUUUUUAAGACCAACAGUAUCUCUCCCAUCCUUAGUAAGUCUUUUGUAGUUACUGGCAUUUGUUAACAUAGUUUAAAGAGGCAAAAUAUAAUUUCUAGUGGACCAUCCAUGCCUUAUGCAGCUGUUAAAGAGCAGCCUUAUGGCUUCCUGUUCAUUUUUGGUCACCUUUUGAAGGCCCCUCCUUAGCCAUCACUUUGUUCAGCUCCCUCAGAUGAUUUUUCCUGUCUUUGACUGCAGUCCAGUCUGAUCUUUAAAUGAAGAACAGUUGAAGGUUCUCUCUGAAAAUGUAACUACUGUUAAAAAUUGAUGGAUAAUUUUUUCUUUAGUCUACAACUGCAAGCACAAAAUGUUGUUUCACUCACAGUAGCCAUAGUGUUGUGACAUUUGGAUUUGUAUCCUUUGCUGGUCUUUGUUCAGUAUCUUACUAUGUGUCAUGAGCUGCUGGUAGUCUUUCCUUUUAUUUAAUUAGAUGGCUGGAAAUAUAAACAUGGGGAGUAUGUCAAGGUGCAACAUGGGGUAGAGAGUUUUAUCAAACAAGACCAGUAUUGAAAUUAAAGAGUGCCUUUAACCAGAGUGUGAGGUGGAACUCUCUAAGGGUUAUGUAGUGAGCAGCCAUUUGUGGCUUGCUGGUACUGAGCAAUCUCUUCUUUCCCUUAAGUUCAUCUUUCAUUUAGCAGCAAAUGGAAAAGUGAAAAUAUCUGAGUUCAGAUGCAUGGCAAAGUGGUUGUGCAAUACCUGAACAUCUCAGCUUUGAUAGAGCUGAUAAAUAAUACCAAUAUCAGAAAUCCCCAUGAAGGCCUCAGGGUACCAGCAGCAAUCUGUUCACCAGGCAGAAUGAAUAAGGACCAGUUAGAAAAAUUACUUUACCGAAAUGUAAACCUGAAAGUUGUUAAAUUGUUAAAUUGGUUAAGUUGUUAAAUUGGUUGCAAGUCAUUGAACAUGAACCAGGUGGUUUCAUUUGUUGUGUUUUGCACUGUUUCCUGCACUGACCAGAGAGACACCUCUGUUUUUGCUGCUAAUGGAGACUCAAGAUGAGGAGAUUGGUGGUGGAAUGACCCCCCAGAAAUGAGUGGUCUUUUCUCCCAGGGGAGAAUGAAAACGAGGAGUGUGUGUAUGCUAAUUGUUGUCUUUAACAUCUUGGUUAAUUGCCUUGCUCUGUCUGUGUCAGCUCAAGGCUGUGCUUGUUUCCAAGUGGAAUCCAGGGAAUAGGUUUUAGAUUUUAAACUUUGAAACCUAAAGAAGAGAGCUGACAGGUCAGUAUAGUACAGGGAAUUCUUCUGAUGUUGCAUGCUGUCCUGCUCUGAAUUCUGGCAGUGCAUUUUAUCCCAUUGGCCAGAGGAAAGAAAUAACAUGUGUAAAUAACAAUCAGUAUUUGGUAUUGCAUUCUCCUUGUUUUCUCUUGUAAAAUUUAGGAGGGAGCUGUGGUAUUCCCUGAGCUAGUAACAGAUUGUAAAAGAACAUCUGCACAUCUUUUCUCCAUGUGCCCUAUUUGUUUAAUUGCAACAGAUUUACAUAGAAAGAGUAUGGUACAUCAUAACUAGGCAAUUACCCAUUCUUCAUCACUCAGUUAUGGUUCUGGUAAUUGAUCAUUUAAGACAUAAGAUAGUGUAACAUUAGGAAAAUUUGAAACUGUUCAAAAAAGAUCAACAAAUUAAUAUUGUUGAGUGAUAUUUGCAUAAUUGGCUGCAAUUAUUUAAUGUUUAAUUGGGUUGAUCAAAUGAGAUUCAGCCUUUCACAUGCUUAUGUUUUACAAACACUGGUACUUUAAAAUGAUAAUAGUGAAAUCUAAUUUUCAUAUGUUCUUUCUUCUCUGCAUUCUUUUGAUUAUUAUUCUCAGUAUUGAGCAUGUCCUUAAUUUUCAGUUUGGUUAGCAUGAUUCACGACCAGGAAAAAAGUCCUUCAAAUAACAGAAUUUUCAUGAAACUGGCAUUUCAUCCAAGCUGUUCUGGUGCCAAGAAUUAUGGCUUCAGCAACUGGCAUUGCUUAACCAGAUUGUUAACUGCAGUGAGGGCAAAUUCAUUGAGAAUUGGCAGGGACAGAGCCAGGUGAGGAUGCUGAUAAAGGUUCCUGGGGUAGAUAACCUGUUCAGUCCAGAGCAGGGCAAAGCAAAUGUGAUUUUCUGGGGUGUAGAAGGGAAGACUGAGAGGACAAAAGCAAGGUAGUAGUGAGAUCUCUCUGCCCAGCCAUUGUUUACACCUGUUCAGCUCUCAAGCCAAAAUCAGUCACCAGCCACUCCUCCCCUUUGUACAUAACCUCUUGUUUGGGUUUGCCCAGUUCAGCAUAGAGAUAUCAUAGAUCCUCUCCUGUGUGCUUGUUUUUAGUAUUUAGCCUCAGGCAUGAGGAAUGGUAAUUUGGAGAAAUGUGAUGUGUGAAAGUCAUUUGGAGUGCAAGUUAUUUGAAAUGUCUGUCUUCCAGGAGGUGGACAGAAAAACAGCUGGGACUGAUCUCAGAGCUGCUUAAUUAGAGGAGGGACCCUCCUGAAUUCAGUGUCCUCUCCAAAACAAUCUGCAUGAUCCAGCAGGUUCCUGAGUGUGAGCUGUCAGUGCCUUGCUCUGGAUAGAGCACAGAGAUGGGCAGAGCUGGUGGCACAGCCUGGCACACUGCUGCUCUGCCUUGCUCUGCAUGGCAUCCACCCUGCUGAGGGUGAAUUUCAGUGUUCUGGUGGCAGCUGGAAAUGAUGGCUGAGCAUGCCCUGAGACAGUUGGUACCCUGCUCCUUGCUGUCUUUCUCUCCCUUCCAUGCAGACUUGCACCUGUUUUUCCCCAGCCUUCUAUUGCUGUCUCAUACCUAAAAGGGACUAUUGGAGCAAAUUUGCAUUCAUCUUGCUUUUAGCAGUAGUGACAGUUAAAAAAAAAAAAGAAAAAAAGUCAGUUUUUCAUAUUCCAGGUGUUGAGGGAUCAGAAUUGUGCUUCACCACUGGGACAUGGAAUCCCUGAACAGGCUGCCACUGACUUUGUGACCCUGGACAAGUUACUAAACUCUUUCUGACUGCAGAGUAGUACUACUACCACUUGUACUACUUCUAACUCUAAUCCAAAGUUUUACUUAAAAACUUGUUUCAUUACAUAUCAAAUUAAGCUUUCCAGAACAAGCUUUUUGAGCAACAAGAAAUCUGCCAUGUAAAGUCCAGGAUUUCAAGGACUCCUUUAGAAUAGGCUAACUUGGUCAUGCAAGGAACAAUGUUAUUUAAAUGAGAAAUACAUUCAAGGUUUGCUGCAUAAACCCAUAAAUGUAUAACAAACGUAGUUCAGAAUGUAAAAAUCAGCAUACAGGAUGAUCCUGACAAGAGAACCUAAUCUCAGACUGGGCUUUGCUGUUGGAAAAGUGAUGCUUGAAGGAAUCAUGACACCUCUCUACAGGUGUGAAGUCAUGAGCAUGGGACUAUCUUAGAGGUGCCCUGGGACACACCUCUUUAUCCAUCUUGACCAACAGUUUGCUGAACUGCAGUGCUUACCAGUUUGGAAAUGUGAAAGACCUGUGUUUUACUGUGUUUUGUCUCUAACCUCCAGAUUUGGAAAAAUAACUCAUAGGUCCAAAAUCAUUUAAGCUCAAAACUUCUUAACGGGUUAUUUGUGUUUUUAGUCAAAAGAGCAGAAGAGAAUACUGGCAUUGCAUUGGUGAAAAAUACUGUUGUAGCAGUCCUGGCCAUGCCUUGCUGUGAGCAUGAUUCUUAUUAGUGGGAGUUCCUGAAUAUUUUCUCUGACUGUGCAAAAUCUGAGUGCCAUCUCUAGUAAAUAUAUAUAUAUAUAGGCAAUAUAUUUCCAGAUAUAUCCCCAGCUCCAUAAACAAAAUAAACUUGGCCAUUACCUUGAGCUAGAACAGGCACAUUGGGAUUUAGCAGAUGAGGAGCAAAACUAAAUUACAACAGUAAAUAGAUUUGAAAUAAGAUCAGUCAGUAGAUUUGGAAUUAAGUUUUGGAAUUAGUAGGUCAGAUACUAACAGAAGUCUCAAUCAUCCUAUCAAGGCUAACCCAGAUAUACUAAAACACGAUUUUGGGCACACCCAAAUAUACUAAAAGAAUAAUGGUAAUUAUAUUCACCAGUAGUAACAGUAUGGUUCUCUCUGAACAUGAAUUUAUACUCUUUGCUUAUGUUAAAAUUUAAUUUAUCAUAUCUGAUUUUUACCACCGUCCUGCAUUUUCAUGCCAUGCUUUAAAAAAAAAAAGUCUUAAAUUUCAUGUUCAUGGGAAGAUCUUAAGGAAGAUUUAAGACCUUGAGUUAAAAUGUCAAAGCCUUUAAAAUACCUGCUGGGUAAAGUUAAGGUAGAAGCAGGGAAGACAACUUUGUGCAAGCAUUUGACUAGUGUUCCAAAUAGUUUAGCAGCACUGGCCAUUUUUGGUUUUUACCAAAGAGGUAUGCAGGGAAUAGUUGAUAAAAUAAAAUAAAUUUAUUGCUUGUUUCCUAAGCGAGAGUUGGGGAAGUUUCUAAGAGCUUCUUCUCUUAACACUAACUCUGUGUGGUUCCUGAUGCUGUCAGGCUUAGAGCAGUCAUUUCAGGGGGAGGUAGAGGAGCUCAGAAGUGUUUCUCAGGCAGUUCUGUCUUGCAGAAACAUUUUCUGUCCUUCUCCAAUCAGAGUGAUCCAGGUAUGAACAUGGAAUCUUUUAAACUUUGCACCUUUUUAUAAAAAUUUAGUUUUUCAUUUUAGGGUUCUGGUGCAGCCUUGCUGAACUGUUGUCUUACACUAUCACAUUGCAGUAGCUGAUAGGAGGAAAGCAAACAUUCUUUAUAUAAUCACCUUCUUUGUGUAUGCCAACCCCCCUGGUCACUGUGCUUUGGUCACCACUAGAAUUGAGAUCAUUUUGGGUGAAAUAACUGCACCCUGCCUGUGCUAAACUGAGUGCUGAGUGCUGGCAGCAAGGCCAGGGCAGUGAGUGGAGUCUGCUGUGUCAGGAAGAGGCAUGGCAGGAGCAAGAGGGAAAAUGAAAACAUCCCUCAGGCCAGUGAGGCAGGAGGGCAGCAGCACAUCAUAUCCACUCUUGCUCAGUGCACUGAGGGACCAGCACAGUUCUAGCAGGAUCAGAGACUGAUUAAAGUUGGGAUUUAAGUUGGUGUUAAUGCUCUUCACCUGCUCAAACACCUCCAUCUGUGCCUACAUUGUCAGCUUGGGCCCCUGUAUCUUCCCUGACAGCUGCAGCACUUCCAUAUCCUGUAAGCAGUGGGAUAUUUGGUCAAAGAGCUGCUGCUCCAGACCAUCUAACAGGUCCCUGGUGUGUUCCCAUCAUCUCUGUUAAGCCCAGUGGUGGACUGGAGCUGCAGGUAGGAGACAAACACAUCAUUGGCACUAUUUCAGUCUCCAGAAUGUUCACAGAGGGUGGGUCUGUUCCCUUUGUCUCUCGGGGAGGUGGCUUGGACUCCCCUUGGCCCCUGGGUGACAGAAUGCAGGAGGUUCUUUGCCAAAAUGGAGACAAGGUGCAGUUUCAUCUGAAGCUGUUUACAGACAGUUUCUGUUGGAAAGCCAGAAGUCCCAACCUGCUUAAGCCUUGAGGCAUUCAGAAGGGUGCAGUAGUGGUUACUGAAAUUGUAGAGGGGAAUUUGCAGCUUAGGGAGGGAGAAGUAAACACCUCUGAAGGGUCUCUGUUUUCUCAAAAGCUGAAAGUUAACUGGGUAUUUUACAAGAAUCUGAGGCAUAUAAAAGCAGUAAAAGACAGAUGUGUGAAAAAGUACUGGAUAAACUAAAGGAAACUCUACCUCAUUCUUCUCUAAAGGUUUUUAGAAGCACAAUUAAGAGCUCCUAAUGGCAUUGCUAUGUAGUGACCAUCUGGCAUGGAAGAAGCACUGUAUUUGUGUGUGCAUCCUGUAAGAGCUGGCAGUAGAAACAGUCUAUACUAUUUGCAGUUUUCCUUCAUCGAAUCUGUAUUCAAAUGUUCUGUAUUCAAAUUCAGUGUUUCUGUCUCCAAUAAAGGAAUUUAAUUGGCA